CAUCGUGUGCUCUCUUUCACUACCCAUUCGCUGCUCACAUGUGCCUCAAGUGGGAACAGGCACAAUAGUAAAACAACAAACAAACAUCUGACUACAUUACGGGCGGUUGGUAUGUGUGUGUGUGUGUGUGUGCGUACGUGCUUGUGGUUGUUUGUGAAAAUAUUGCGAACGAUAAAAGUCAAAUAGGCACUCAUUGAAUUUUAGUACGUCGAAAAAUCAUUGAAACAUAGUCAGAAAAAAUAUUUUCUCUCUCUAGCAGCUAAUUUGGUGGAUUGUGCAUGUUGUAUUGUGUGCAAAUGCGAUUAACAGUAAAUUUUGUGCGAAAUCAUGCAUCAACGGCAAAUGUAACAAAUUCAACGUUUGAUGGAAUAACAUUGGAAGCAGCCAAAUAAACGUAUAUCCAAUGUGUAAAAAGUGAAAUUUGCAUAGAACCAGCGACAAAAAAACGCAUUGUACAAAGUUUACCAAAAUCAAAAUACACACAAUAAUUUCAAGGGAAAUCCGAGUGAAGUGAUUCGAAUUCAAUUGGAAAGAAAAACACAAAAUUCCAUAGGAAAAACAACGAAAGAAAAAAAAUGGUUGAGCCAAUAUUUGAUUAUCAGUUUCGAUUAAUAUUGAUCGGAGACAGUACGGUGGGAAAGAGCUCAUUGCUCAAGUAUUUCACAGAUGGUCGAUUUGCGGAGCUUUCCGAUCCAACAGUAGGCGUCGAUUUUUUUGCCCGGAUAAUUGAAGUCAAAGAUGGAACCCGCAUUAAAUUGCAACUAUGGGAUACAGCUGGUCAAGAGCGCUUCCGUUCAAUCACAAAAUCCUAUUACCGGAACUCCGUUGGCGUUCUGCUGGUAUAUGAUAUCACAAAUCAUGCGUCAUUCGAGCACAUACCAUUGUGGAUGAUGGAAGCAAAGCGACACAUUGAACCGCAUCGGCCAGUAUUUGCGCUAACUGGAUGCAAAUUAGAUUUAGUCAGUGAUGGUGCUCGUCGAGAGGUCAGUCGCGACGAAGCAAAAGCAUUUGCCGAACAAAACGGAUUGUUUUUCGUUGAAACGUCAGCACGAACCGGUGUUAAUGUCGAAGAAGUAUUCAAUAUGGUUACGCAAGAGGUGUAUGCUCGGAUACAAAGUGGUGAAUACAAAAUAGAAGAAGGUUGGGACGGAAUCAAACCCUCGGCAUUGUUCGGGCGGCCCAACAGCCUCGAUUUUAAUUUAGUGGUUGCCGAACCGGAAAAAUCAACAUGUUGUUGAUUCAACUACUACAUUUUUCCUGGAUAGCAUCAGUUUUUUCUUAGCAAACCGAUGAUUUUCCGUCACAAUUAAUUUAAGAUUCAUGUUUUCUACACACGGUACAAUCAUGUUGAAUGAUUUCUUUUGUAUAUUGAUAUUUUUUCCCUGACGACGAAAUUAAAUUAACGACAGUUCAUUUUCUCCAAAUAUUAAAUGUGGUAGAUUUGUAUGCCUCUUUUGGUUUUGCUGUAACAGAAAUAAAAACUGAUCGACAUUCAAGCGACCAACGAACCAUCAAUGAAGUAUGCGCGUUGAUUUUGGAAGAAGAUGAAAGAUGUAAAGAUGUAAAGAUGUCACAGUUUCUAACGUAAAAACCAUUCAUUUUGUGUUGAAACAAUCAAUCAAAACAAACCAAGUAGUAAACGUCGACAAAAAAGCACUAAACAUAGUACAGUAAAGCGAUGAACAUAGUACAUUCUGUGAAGCUAUUUUAUUUAUAUAUUAGUAAAAGAUUUUUUAUAAUUCAUCUUCUUUCAUGAUUAAUAUUAUACUGAUAGGAAGUGUAAAAAAAAAGCCAAACAAAAUUUCGAUAGACCAAAUAAAUAUGAGAAGAAAAAAAAAACAAUGAAAAAUCUGAAGGAAAUUAAA